AUGAUGAAUUGGUCUUUUGAUACUCUUGAGUCCGUUAAAAAACUGUUAUCACCACUACAUACGACUCAUCCUUCAAUGAGUGUUCAAUCGAGGCACCCUUUUUUGGGUCAAUACGACUUUCACUUAGACUUUACAGACGACGAGUUGGCCAAGGCUUACAGGCUCUACACUGGGCCUAAUGGCAAAAGGGUUCUUUUUGUCAAGCGGGAUAAACCCUUUGUGAUGCGCACCCGCUUUCGGUUACCUCCGAAGUCUUCCAACCUUCGGAUUCGUGUUAUUCCCUUGUUUACUGCUCAUUCAAGGCGCAAUGAAGCAAUAAUUAGAUGCCCAAAUCAUGCCUGCGAAUCAGAGGUCAAAUCUCCAAGUACCCUCGUGCUGAACCCCGUGGAGUCGCACAAUUUCGCGGACGCCUCUCGAAGCCUGAUCAACAUCCAGAAUCUCCAGACUAAUUACUGCUACUUGGAGGGUCAUUUAACUGCUCUCCUGCAUCUGGACCACCACCAGUUGGCGAUGGCCGUGCAACCACCUUCGCCAUGUCUUGAAGGUCAACAGGGCCCAGCAAUGACUGGUCUGCAUAUUUGCUCAUGGAAGUCACAAUCACCAACUAAUGGGAGCAUGCUUUGUUAUCCGAAAGGAUUUACCACUGAGGAUAUAGUGUGUACCAUCGGAUGCUACAAUAGCUGUUUCGGUGCAUUGUCUAGAGGUGGUAUUGAACUCAUUGUUCGACUGGAAGAAUUACCUGGGCAAGUUCAGCUUUACGUUGGGAAUGCUUAUGAUCCACGUCUUCCGCCUAUUGUCUACGGUAUUGACAGAUUGGAAAUUCACUGCUCCGCUACUCCGGCUCGAGAUAUUCGACACUUCUCCGAGACUAACGAAGAAGCCAUCAGGAGUGCCUUUGAAAACUUCCCGCUUCAAAAUCAAUCUAUUUUGGGGGCGAUUGAAUCAUCAUCAUCAUUAGCAUCUUUACUUAAGUAUCGUCAAGGUCUCUCAACAUCUUUGGCAGACAUCUCUGAUCGCAGUUUGAACAGCAGCGCCAGUGGAUCGAAGCGACGUCUUACUCAAACUAGCAGUAACUUAGGUGGAGAAGAUGCUUUCCAAGGAGUAGGUUAUGAUGAUGAGUAUGGUGAUCAUGAUGUCGAUAUUGGGUCCCAGGCGUCGUCAGCUACAUCGGAACAUCUUGCGGGAUUGCCUACUCCCGCCUCAAUUGAACUCCAAGAUGGCAAUGAAGUAAAAAAGGUGUAUUACUUGGUUGUUACCACUUGUAUGGAGAGGGCAAAACAAUUAAGAUUCUAUGAUGAUGCUUCGGCAGCGUUUGAUGGGCGCCGAAUGGACUCCAGACGUUUCGUUGCUUAUGGGAAGGAGUGUUUGGAAAUUCAAAACCGAAUAGCUGAACUUUAUUCAGCCUACUCUGAGAACUGUCAGCCGUCGAAUUGGCAAUGCGAAUAG